AUGGAGAACAGCAUGAAUGCCACCGACAACGAGCAGCAGCAGCAGCAGCCGCAGCAGCAGCAGCAGCAGGAACAGCAGCAGCAGGAACAGCAGCAGGAAGAGGGCGUCAUGCCGUCCCAAGCUCCAAGCUCCCCACGUGCUCAGCGGCCACAGAACACGCGGGUCCGGCUGGCCGUCCCUUCUCCCGUGGACGCCACCGUGGCAGAGGGCUCCUCCUCCUCCUCCUCCUCCUCAGCAGCCACAACCACGGCCACAACCACGGCCACCAUGCAGGUCCCAGGCACCAACCCACAGGUCCAGCCGAGCACGGCUGCAGGCGUCGGUGUCACUGAGGACGCAUUUGACAGCAUGCGCACAACAGCCAUCGCCACAAUGCAGCCCACAGUGAGCAAGAAUGUGCGGCCCACGGUGAGCAAGAAGAAGCAGCUCCCUCCGGACCACAUCUACUCCUGGAAGGACAGGCUCAUGGGCCAUUGCACAGGAAAAGAGCUCAUCCAGCACAUGAACCGGCAGAGGCUGGAAGCCGAGCAACGCCGGGCCGCCAGCAGCAGUGGCACCCCGCACAAGCCCCCGGAGUCAAGUGCCAGCAGUGCCAGCAGUGCCAGCAGUGCCAGCAGCGCAGCGCAGGUGCAUCUCGGGCCCACCAGGAGCGUGGCCAACUCCACACGCAGGGGCAUUCCAAAGCGCUGCAACAGCGACAACAUAAAAUGA